AUGAGGCCGGUGCGAUUCGUCCGAGGGCCCAAGAUCAGCCACAGCUUGCAGCCGCCGAAGCUCCGACAGUCUGGAGCUCCGAUAUCAAGAAACUUCUUCACAUCCACCUGGUCCACUACGGCGCAGCGGCCUGCUCGACUGCCAAUCUCCCCACCGUUUGCCACUAAAUGGCAGCCAUCGAUCAUCCGCCAUCUCCGCCCCCUCCGUUUCAACAGCUCUAGAGUUACUCCGCCCAAGCCCAACCCAACACCCCAUCUAGGUAGCCCAGAGCCUGCGCCUUCCUUGUCAGCCAGGCUAAAGAAGCUGUCAAGAGAAUAUGGCUGGUCUGCGCUGGGAGUCUACCUGCUGCUGUCGGCGCUUGACUUUCCCUUCUGCUUUCUUGCCGUGCGCAUGCUUGGCACGGAAAGGAUAGGACGCUGGGAGCACGUUGUGAUCGAAAACUUUUGGAAGGUUGUCCAGAUACCGUUCCCGAGCCUUGGGAAACAGCGACAGACGGAAGAAGCCGUGCAGGCCACCGAGCCGGAUGGGUCUGAUGUCGCGACAGCGAGAGAGGGCGCUUUGGGUUGGGCGGGAGAGGUGGAUGCGGCAGACGAGCGGAAUAAGGCCGCGGACGCCAGUUUGUGGACACAACUCGUUUUGGCUUACGCAAUCCACAAGUCCUUCAUCUUCGUUCGGGUACCUCUUACCGCGGCCGUGACACCAAAGGUGGUCAAGAAGCUUCGGAGUUGGGGAUGGGAUAUUGGCAGGAGACCCGAGUUUACUAAGAGGAAGCCAAGAUCAAAAUAG